AUGGCGGAGUUACGGGCCGGCAAAUCUCAACGUAUAGUUGCGGCUAACUUCAACACCACGCAAGGUACAAUAUCAAAGACCAAAAAACGCUGGGAAGAAGAGGAAAUACUGCAAUCUAGGGCACGAAAAGGGCGUCCUAAGAAACUUACGGCGCUGCAGAUUAGCCAUUGGCGCCGUAAAUGGCGGUCAAAAAGACGGAUUAAACUGUCAGAAGAAGAUGCAAAAGCCAGGCUUAAAUACUGUGAAUUUUGGCUCCGUCAUCUUGACGAUUACAUACAGAUUUGCUUCAGUGACGAAGUUACUGUACAGAAUGCACCGAACAAUCCCGACGGCUGGGUCUUUCGCCGACCUGAUGAGAGAUAUAGGAAGGACCUAGUUAACAUUCAGUCACACGGAAAGGCUUGGAUCCGGCGGCCAAAAAAGGAGGUUAUUCCAGCUGGUCAUAUAGGAAAGCUCUUACAGAAGGUCUCCUCCCUUUCCUCGAUAAAUUUGAGCUAUUUCAGCAAGACAACGCCCGUGUGCACAUCGCCAAAGCUACAAUAG